AAUUCUUCAUAGUUAAGAAAAAUGACAAUGGUGAACCAUGCAGAAUAUGCGCAUCAUAGUGAAUUCGUUAAAAAGGGAUAACUAUGGUGGCGCCGCGAUCGGUCAAAAUUCGAACGAAUGCUUGCGCCGGAACCGCGCAGAUCGUCCUCAGUAGUUGCCCAGACGCUGUCACGGGCGUAGCUGGAUGCUGGAUUGUCUCUCUCUCUCGUGCGCGCGCGUGCCGCAGGGAGGUGCUUCCUUUUCUUCUUCCUCUUCCUCCUAACCUCGUCCUACUCGUCGCCUGUAUCGUCGACAUACGCCGUGGACGUCACGAUUCUUCGAUGCUGCGGAUAUCGUGCGACUCGGUUAUCAGUUCACCAUCCUAACGAGAAGAAGAAAAGGUGCCGGAGAAAAGGGAGGCCGAUGAGGUUUCCUGCCGGUCGGUGAGAGAGAGAGAGAGAGAGAGACAGAUAGUGAGGGUGAUAAAGGGGGAAAAGAGAGAGAGAAGAGAAGGAGAUAGAAAGAGAGUGAGACAGUGAAAAGGAUUCGACAAGGAAAGCCAUACUAAGAGAAACAACGAGAGACCGGUAAAUCGGGAAACAAAGAUGGUGAUAGAGAAAUAGACAAAUAACGAGGGGAAUACGAGAUCAGCAGAGAAAGAUUCGAAAGGAAAGCUGUCCGGGAGGGGUGGAGAUGUGUUGAAGUGUGUUCUUGUGUAUAUAUAUGGUGCAGUGCGGUGCUGUGCUCGAGAGAGAGAAUGGCGUGGUCGGAUUUCGCGUGCACCUCGCCGUGACGUGGAAAGUCGGCACUGAAAGAGUUGGGCGCUAAGCUGAGGAAUGGAGGGAACGUGGCAGUGGGAGCAGCGAAAGCACUGCCAUAUCAUUCUGCUCAACCCUUUGUCGUACGUAAAGGAGAACCCGGAACAGGCUGCAGAUGAAGGAAAGCGGCUGGAAGGUAGUCUCUGCAAGGAAGAAGACACCCUGAAGAAGAGGAGUCGCGUGCCGGGUCUGUAGCGCUCGGUAAACAGAGGAGGGGCCCCCCCGAGCAUCAUCAGAAAGGAGAAGGGGUCGUCAUGGGCCCGGCACACCAAAUCGUACCCCACUGAGCGAUGCAAGUAGUUAGGGCCGGGGCCCUGCUAGUGAGCAUGUGGCUCACUAGAGAAUGAAGAAGCAAAACGUCCGGACCCUAUCGUUGAUCGUCUUCACGUUCACCUACCUCCUCGUCGGCGCUGCAAUCUUCGACGUUCUCGAGUCCGAGACGGAGAAACGACGCAAGGAAGCAUUGGACGCCAUUGAAAAAAUGGUUAUACGCAAGUACAAUAUAAGCGAGGACGACUUCAAGAUCAUGGAAACAGUGGUGCUGAAGACGGAACCUCAUAAAGCAGGUCAACAGUGGAAAUUUGCCGGAGCGUUUUAUUAUGCGAUCACGGUCCUCACCACUAUUGGUUACGGACAUUCGACGCCGAACACCAUAAGCGGUAAGCUGUUCACGAUGUUCUACGCGAUCGUUGGUAUCCCGUUAGGGCUCGUAAUGUUCCAGAGCAUAGGAGAGCGUUUGAAUAAAUUCUCGUCCGUCGUUAUACGGAACGUAAAGAAGCUACUUAACUGUAAGGAUGUCCAGGCCUCAGAAAUAAAUCUCAUCUGCGUGGUGACGACCUUAUCUUGCUUAACGAUUGCGGGAGGUGCAGCUGCGUUCUCUCGAUACGAAGGGUGGUCGUAUUUCGACUCCAUCUAUUAUUGUUUCAUCACCCUGACCACCAUUGGUUUCGGCGACAUGGUCGCGCUCCAAAAGGACAACGCGCUGAACAACAAGCCGGAAUACGUGAUGUUCGCCCUGAUAUUCAUUUUAUUCGGCUUGGCCAUAGUCGCCGCCUCCCUCAAUUUAUUAGUGCUGAGAUUUGUCACAAUGAAUACGGAGGACGAAAGGCGAGACGAGGCCGAGGCUCUACAGGCUGCGCAAGGAGCGGUGCGCCUGGAGGGCGACGUAAUAACGGCGAACGGCUCGAUACUGUCGGGCCAAGUGGGGAACCACGGUGACACGAUAUCGCUGGACGACGAGACGUCGGUCUGCAGCUGCUGCUGCAGCGGAUUCCAGAAGAAACGACGGAGACCACGGUUCACCGUACGUCGCUCGCCCGGUAAGAUAUCGCACCUGCUGCCGAUGCAGCAGCUGCCCACGUUGAAUGUGCGCAGUGAGCUGGUACGCCCGCCGCCGUUGACGCCGUUGCUGCAACUGCCUCCGUUGCAUCAACACCGUGCAAGUAUCUGACGACCGUCGACCGGUGUCAGUGGUACGUUCUCGCAACAACAACUGCCGCGACGGGUGUCCGUUUGAGAGCCUCUCUUCCCCUCCCCAGAGAGGAACAAGGAUAUCGCGGGGAUGUGGAGAAGAGCGAAGAGGAGAGAGAAUAUUUCUUCGACCCGCCUCAACGAAUUUUCAAUCCUCAAGGGAUCGCUAUCGCACACCUAUCGCCUAUCGAUUCUGACGAUCGCCUUGUAACCGUUCCACAAUAUCGUUUGAAAACAUUUGAAAAU